AUGGAACAAUUAUUGUCUCGCAAUUCAACAGCACCGCCAUCAAAAGGCAUUCCACUUCCUGAAUAUUAUCCAUAUGUUAUGGAUUAUCGAUUUCCGUUAACAAUUGCUUCUCUUUACAUAAUUUCAGUAUCUCUAUUUAAUCCAAAAUCAAAUGCUGUUUCCCGUAUAGUAGCUAAACAAAAAGGCCUUAAAAUAAAAAAUAUAAAAAGUUCUCCUUUCAUGACUGCUUUCAUAUUCUUGCAUAACUUGGCCUUGUGCGUUUUUAGUAUAAUAACUUUUAUUAAUAUGGGAAGUGCAUUUUUUAUGAAUUUUGUGAAACACAGAGAUAGUUUUACUGAUGCUGUAAACAGUUCUUUAUGGAAUAAUUCUCUCGGUUAUUGGGGUUAUCUUUUCUAUCUUUCAAAAUUUUAUGAAGUAAUUGAUACGGUGAUAAUUCUCUUGAAAGGACGCCGUUCUUCAUUCCUUCAAACUUAUCAUCAUGCGGGCGCAAUGAUAACAAUGUGGAGCGGGAUGAACUUUAAAGCUCCACCAAUUUGGAUUUUUGUUGUUUUUAAUUCAUUUAUACAUUCCGUAAUGUAUGCAUAUUACGCAGCUACUUGUAUCGGGUUUUCUCCUCCAGGAAAACAAUAUUUGACUACGAUGCAAAUUAUUCAAUUUUUAAUUGGAACUCCAUUAGCUGUUUCAUAUUUAUUUGUUGAUGAUUGUUUACGAACAGAUACAGCUGUUUAUGCUACUUAUAUUAAUGUUUCUUAUUUGUUACCAUUAACAGCUUUAUUUAUAAACUUUGCUGCUCAAACGUAUGGAGGUAGAAGAAAGAAUGUUAAGAAGGUUCAAUAA